ACGUCGAGAGCUCGCAGCCAUGGCUCGAGGACCCAAGAAGCACCUGAAACGGGUGGCAGCCCCGAAACACUGGAUGCUGGACAAACUGACAGGAGUCUUUGCGCCGCGCCCGUCGACGGGACCCCACAAGCUGCGCGAGUGCCUCCCGCUUGUGAUUUUCCUCCGCAACCGGCUCAAGUACGCCCUGAUGGGCGAUGAGGUCAAGAAGAUCUGCAUGCAGCGCUUUGUCAGGAUCGGCAGCAAAGUUCGCACUGACAUCACCUACCCGGCAGGCUUCAUGGACGUCAUCAGCAUUGAGAAGACAGGGGAGCACUUCCGCCUGGUUUACGACACCAAGGGGCGCUUUGCCGUGCACCGGAUCAGCCCCGAGGAGGCCAAGUACAAGCUGUGCAAGGUGCGUCGUAUCCUGGUGGGCACCAAGGGCACGCCCCGUCUGGUGACGCACGACGCCCGCACCAUCCGCUACCCGGACCCCCUGGUCAAGGUCAACGACACCGUCCAGGUCGACCUGCAGACGGGCAAGAUCACCGACUUCAUCAAGUUUGACACAGGCAACCUCUGCAUGGUGACUGGGGGCGCCAACUUGGGGCGCGAGAGGCACCCCGGCUCCUUUGACGUGGUCCACGUCAAGGACACCAACGGCAACAGCUUUGCCACGAGGCUCUCCAACAUCUUCGUCAUCGGCAAGGUGGGCGCUGGCCAGAAUGGGAUUUUUAACGAUUGCAGGCUGGAGUUCAACAGGCCCAUCUCUCCACAGAACCCCGUGACGGGCCUGCUGCCAGCCAGCGCUGACCAUCCGGACGCCUGGGUCCGCGACAACGUCUACAGCGUCCUGGCCGUUUGGGCACUGGGAUUGGCUUACCGCAAGAAUGCCAACUGCGACGAGGACAAGGCCAAGGCGUAUGAGCUGGAGCAGAGCGUGGUCAAACUGAUGCGAGGCCUGCUGCAGUGCAUGAUGAGACAGGUGGACAAAGUGGAGGCCUUUAAAUACACCCAGAGUCCCCAUGACGCUCUACACGCCAAAUUCGCACCCGGCACCUGCGCCACCGUCGUCGGGGAUGACCAGUGGGGUCACUUGCAACUGGACGCCACCUCCUUGUACCUCCUAAUGCUAGCCCAGAUGACGGCGUCAGGGCUGCGUAUUGUCCACAGCCUGGACGAAGUCAACUUCGUGCAAAACCUGGUUUUCUACAUAGAAGCGGCGUAUAAAACGGCGGAUUUCGGGAUCUGGGAACGCGGCGACAAGACCAACCGGGGCAUCACGGAGCUCAACGCCAGCUCUGUCGGCAUGGCCAAGGCGGCCCUCGAGGCCUUGGACGAGCUGGACCUCUUUGGGGCCAACGGAAGUCCCCAAUCAGUGAUCCACGUGUUGUCGGAUGAGGUGCAGCAUUGCCUGGUACAAACCCGGGUUUGGUGGGGGGGGGGGAGGGUUGAGAUACCAAAAUACUCGAAUUUCUACGAUAUCCGGAGCACCAUCUUUGUCUUCACGCCACAGGUGGAGGGAAAUUCCAUUAAAUUUCACGGAUUGAUUUGGCUUGAAUUUCCAUGGCCACCCUUUUACACUGCUUAUUUCGAUCUUGUUCUUUUCUCUUCUAUACUGAUGGUUGCCUUUUCCCAUCCUAAUUUUUUUCUCCCUUCCUUUCUUCCCUUCUCGUUCCUUUCUUCCGCCUGGCAAGACGACAGCGGUGACAGCAUCCACCCGGCCGUUUUGGCCAUGCUGCGGAAAUUGCAGGAUGGCUAUUUUGGAGGUGCGAGGAUCCAGACUGGUCGCCUGUUGGACUUCCUCACCACCUCGUGCCACACCCACCUGAGUUUCAUGGAUGCUGGGCCGGACGCGGACCUCUGCGACGAGGUGGCCCAAUACCUGGACCAUCUCCUCCACCGGGCGGCUCCCAAGGCCCACCUCCCGCCCGUGGCUCAGAAAGCUGGCCUACACCGCUUCCGGGCCGCGGUGCGCACCACCCAGGACCUGGUGUCUCUGCGGUCGAAGGCAAAGGAGCUCCGCGUGGAGAACGUCGACAUGUACAUCCCUUCGGGCCUCUUCCAGGAGCCGCGCCAGUCAGUUCACCUUCUGGGGUCGCCGCCAGGCAGCAAGGCAUUUCUUCCCACCGAGGCGGACCUCCUGAAAGAUGCCGAUGGGAACGUGGACUGCCAAUUGUUGGUGGAUCAGCUUCGGGUGUGUGCCACCCUGCAGGAUCAAGCCAACUGCCUCUCCAUUUUGUACAGCCUCAAGGGUCCUGAUUGGGAGACGGAGCUCUACGGCAAGGCAGGAGCUACCUUGGGCGACCUCCUCGCGGAGCUGUAUUCGAAAGCCGGCGCCACUCGGCAGUGGGGCCUGAUCCGCUACAUUUCUGGCGUCCUGAGGAAGAAGGCAGAAGCUUUGGACGAGGCCUGUACCAACCUCCUGUCGCACCAGAAGCACCUCACCGUGGGUCUCCCCCCAGAGCCUCGUGAGCAGACCAUCUCGGCCCCCCUUCCCUAUGAGGAGCUCACACGUCUGAUCGAGGACGCCAGCGAGGGGAACCUUAGCGUCUGCAUCCUAACCCAGGAAAUUAUGGUCUACCUGGCCAUGUACAUCCGGACGCAGCCGGCCCUCUUUGCCGAAAUGUUCCGCCUCCGCAUUGGGCUCAUCAUCCAAGUGAUGGCGACUGAGCUGGCGCAGUCACUGUCAUGUUCAGCUGACGAAGCCACGCAGACCUUGUUGAACCUCAUGGCAAUAAUAAAAAAAAACCUCAGCCCGUCCGACGUCAAAAGCCUCCUGCACCACAUCCUGAGCGGAAAGGAAUUUGGCGUCCAGCGCAGCGUGCGGACGGCCGAUGCUGCGCCGGGCGUCUCCAUCCGCGAAAUGGCCGGCGCCACCAAAACAGAGCUCUGGACCAAAAUCCAGCAGGGGGGCGAUUGGCGCCCCACCAAAGAAACGCGACAAGGCGGGUGGCGUCAGCGUCUUGACGGCGCCCUCAACCGGGUGCCGGUGGGCUUCUACCCAAAGGUGUGGAAGGUCUUGCAGAAGUGCCACGGUCUGUCCAUUGGCGGCUUUGUCCUCCCGUCUUCCACCACUCAAGAGAUGACGCCGGGCGAGAUAAAGUUUGCCGUCGGUGUCGAGUCGGCGCUGAACAAGAUCCCGCAGCCAGAAUACCGGCAGCUCUGCGUAGAAACCAUAUGGGUGUUGACCCUGUUGGCUGAGGUUGACUUUGCCGGCUCUGGGAGGCUGGUCAGCAUCGACGACAUCGUCAAGUUGGCGGACGAAGCGUUCUGCCAGGAGCAGAAAGCCCUGGGUGCCGAUGACGCCAUGCUGGAGAGGGACCCUGCCACGGGCAUCUGCACCUUGCUCUACGACAGCGCCCCCAGCGGGCGCUUCGGCACCAUGACGUACCUGUCCAAAGCGGCUGUCACUUACCUGCAGGAGUUCCUCCCUGAAGCUGGUUGCAGCAUGCAGUAGCCAAGAACGAACAAAUCUCUCAAUAGUCUCUCUACCCUGCCUUUGCCUUGCAAAUUAUGCAAAUUGUAUGCAAAUUAGGUUUCCCAAAACAAUUGAAGGGAGCUUUUUAUUCCAGGAGGGAAGAUUUUUUCAAGGCUGUGUGGUGUUGUAAGGCUUGAAUAGUAUGGUUUUAAUUGAUGAAUUUAAAAAUCAUUUAAUCAUUUUUAAACUGAACUAUCAUUUUAAUCAUUUCAAUCAUUUUAAAAUUUAAAAAUCAUUUAAUCAUUUUGAUGGUAAAUGUACAAAUUAUUUAAUCAUUUCAGUGAUAAACUUUAAAAUGAUUUAAUCAUUUCGAUGAAUGUUAAUUUUAAAAAUCAUUUAAUCAUUUUUAAAUUGAACUAUCAUUUUAAAUCAUUUCAAUCCUUUUAAAAUUUUAAAAUCAUUUAAUCAU